AUGCCGCGUGAUCGCCGACCUGGCGGCUUCGUCCGAGUCAUUCCUGACGUCGGCGAAGACGACCAGGUCCUGGCCGACGACGCCGCCGGCCCUGCCCCAGAGCAGGCCGCUAGCGCGCCGCCCGGCCCGGACCUGGCGGCCAUGCUGCAGGAGCUCAACGCGCUCCGCGCCGCUGUCGCGGCCGGCGCCGUUGGCCCCGCUCCUGGUGCCGGUGCAGCAGCCGCUGCUGCUGCCCAUGCCGGCCCUGCUUUUGAUGUAGACGUAGUUAAUGCCCACACCAUGCUUGCGCUGCGUAAGGCAGUCCCGAGGUACGACGGGCGCGUCAGCUACGACGUGUACCGUCGAGACUUCGACGAUUUGGUGAGCGCCUACCCAGGCCUCACGGACAGGCAGCAGUUCACUCUGCUGUCGUCCGCUCUUGAAAAAGAGCCAAAGUCCCUGCUUGAGUACCUGCCCGAGCGCACAUUCGAGGCCUUGGACGACGCGCUGCGCAUGGCUUACAGCAAGCUCGUGCACGCGCCGACCGAGAUGCGUGCCUUCUUCGCGCUCCGUCAGAACUCUGACGAGGCGCUCGAAGAGUGGAGCACACGCAUCAGCCGUGCUGCUCGCCGCGCCUUCCCCGACACGGCCCUGGUCCGCGUCGUGGAGUACUCGGUGCAGCAAUUCAUCAGCGGCCUCAGCGCUGCUGAUAGGGCCAAGCCCCCUAAGCGCCUCAUCGUGCACGUGGAUCGGCUGGCUGCUGUCGUGUCCUUCAACAUCCUCGACGGCCCAGAAUCCCCCGCCUCCACCUGCUCUCUGGCCUCGGACCUGGACCGGAUGGCUCUAGAAUCGAGAAUGGAAACCGACGUGCCGUACCGUUUUGUCGGCAACUCGAUGGGCCUCAGUUUCGGGGAUUUCCCUCCCCUCCCGGUGCGUGCGGCUGCACCUGAGUCCGUUGGUGCCGCCUCUGGUACCGCCCCUGGUACCGCCCCUGGUGCCACCCCCGGUACCGCCCCUGGUACUGCCCCUGAUGCCGCCCCUGGUACCGCCGCUGGUGCCGCCCCCGGCGCCGCCCCUGGCGUCGCCCCUAGUGCCGCCCCUGGAGCUGCCCCUAGUGCUGCAGUGGCCCGCCAGAAGGGGCCUUCCCGGAUCCCUAAGCUCGCUGCGAAGAAGCCGCAGCCUCAGCAGCUUCAACAGCCUCAGCCGCCUCAGCGGCCACAGCAGCCCCGGAAGCAGCCUCCCCAGCAUCCCAGAAAGAAGAAGGCGCCCAAGCGCGCCGCACCCAACCCCCCGGCUCGCCCUCCACAAGCAGCUAAGCAGCCUAAACGCCAGUCUCCGCAGGAGACAGAACUUGUUAAGUUGCGUCAAAAAGUAGAGGUUUUGAAAGGACACAUCCAAGGCUACGAGUCUAAAGUUGCUCGGUUGGAGCGUGAACUUUUGCAGUUAAAGCAAGUUCAGGUACCCCCUCCCGCGGUGCCAUCACUUGCGUACCAAAUGCCAAUGUACCCUCAAAUGGCUCCUAUGGCCCACAUGUUCCCACAACAUGUUUACCCCUAUCCAAUGUUUUCUGGCAUGCCUCCUCAAAUGCCUCCCGCCCCUUGGCGCCCUCAAUAG